AAUCAGUUUAAAAGGAUUGGCUAUACUUAAUUGUGUGCUUAUUCAGGGUGCAUUUAUUUCCAGAAAAUGUUGUUUAUCAAAUAAUUAUAGUGUGAUAAGCACAGGCUAUUGUAUUUUAGCUAUAAUUGUUUAUAUUUUAUGAACUUCUCUGUAUAGUUCAGCACAUGUGAUAAGACUAUCCAGCCUAUGUUUUUUUGUACAGUAACCUCUUUUUAACUGGAACCUUAAAAGGAUUUAAUACCAUGUUAUUAGAGCUCUGCUCUAAUUUCAUUAAAAUAGAUUUUCACAAACACUGAUUGUUUGGGAAUUAUGAUAAGUGUUAUUUUUGCUGUGUAUAAAGAAAAAAAAAUGAAGCGGAAGUUAACGGAAUUAGAACAGGAUGUUACAGAAGAAACAAAGAAAAGCAAAGUGGACAUUGAUUUAGGUGAUCUGGUUGCCUCUAUAAAACGAAAGUUAAAAGAGGAGGACAAUGAAGUGACAGCCUUAAAAGAGUUUAUCAGUCAGGCUAAAACCUCCUCAAAAUUUGUUGAAUCUUACUUGAAGACAUCACCAGAAUGCAACGAGAUAUUCCAUUUAUUUGGUGCUGAUGGUAGACCAGCUCCUUUGAAGCUUGCUUUAAUUUGGGAAGCAUUUGAAAUGAUUUUUACAGCUUUAUCACAGCAAAAUGAUAGUAACACUUUCCAUUCAAUUGGUUCAUUUGUUGUCAGUAAAGUUUUGCAAAAUCACACGAAGUUUCUCUACUCAUCACUGAAUGCAAACGCAAGUAAUCAACUCAUUAAGUCAGCUUUAACGUGCAUGACGUUGAUGUUGGCGCAAGGUGUUAACAGUGUGAAGGAAUUUUUGGGAAGUUUUGACUUCAGUUUAAAAUGCCUUAAAGUGAUUGCCAAAAAACGAGAUCGAAAGCAAAAGCCUGAUCCACGCACAUGUUUUGUCAGAUUUUGUUUGGCAUUUUUUGCAUUUGGCGAUGUCUCGGUUAUUAAGAAAAUCCUUGAAGAAAAAGGUUUGGGGUUACUUAUCUUGACUGAUCUACAUCUUGAUUCAACAGAAACAAUAAUUGCUGUCUUGGAAACCCUCCUUAAUAAGGUUAUUGAUGAACCAAACUUACUGAAGAAAACCAAACUGGUAUUCUUCAACCCAAUGGUGUUAUCAAAACUGACCAUACUCUGCAAAAAUAAGGAUGAAAAUAUUCGGAACUUGAUUUUACAAAUGCUGGCUAAAUUGUGUACCGACAUGAAGUAUGGAAUAUGUUUCGCACCUGGUGUCAACGACAAAUUAGUCAAUCCAGUUCUUUUAAAGUUUUUGUUGUCUACAAAACAACAAGCACAGCAAGAAGAGGAGAUGUUUCAAGUAACAACGAAAACUUUGAAAACUUGCUAUGAUAUAACAAUACCUUAUUUAAAUGGUUUAAAUCUACAAUUGGAGCCAAGAGAUUCAGAAGUAUGGUUUGCAAACAUGGACUUUGUUACAAAGCUACUGAAAAACGUAUCACUAACCGAUGUACUGUCAAGCAGUUCAAAGAAAGAUGUCCUUGUCAAGCACGCUGUCCCUAAUUUGAUGACUAAAAUGCAAUUUACAACAGGGUUAAAGAGUAAAAUGAUGAAAGUGCAGCAGUACACAUUAGAUUUGUUACAGAUUGUAUUGUCUCGAUGUGUCGAUGUUAAAACCUGUUUACUGUCUCACAGUACUUUGAAGGACAAAAUUGAUGAGUUUAUAAGUGGUGCUGUUUACUUGCUACCAGAUGUAAAAGCUGUUAUUGCCAUACGUCAGAUUAUUUUCUCCAAGAAGAAAGCUGGUGAACAAAAAAUGGAAGAGGAUGAACAAGAAGAUGAACCACGUGAAGAAAAAAGUGAAAACAAGUUAGCAACAUUCACCUUGUGUGUGAAAUGUCUUCACCUUUAUCAAGUUUUAAAGCCUGGUGUACUCACUGAGUCUGGAUAUAACAUAUGCAAAUUAUUGCUAUUUGAAGACACAGCAUGUAAUAAAGAUGUGUUGAAGUUAAGUUUGGAUAUUUUGUUACAAGAGCAGACAGGCAUAAGAAGUUGGGUUGAAAAGAAGUUAUCAUCAACUGACAAUAUUAUUCACUUGGUUCUCACCACCAUGAUUACAUGGAAAAACAACAUUCACAUUACAGAAAAAUCUCAAAAACUGUUUUUUAAAAUUUUAAAUGCAACUGGACAGUAUAACGAUUAUGAUUUUGAAGUGAAUUUAUGGCUGAAUAGCUUGAUAUCAUCAACAGAGAGUGAUGGCGUUGAUACUAAAGCACUUUGCAAGCAAUUCGCAGACUGUUGUGUGAAGAUUUUAAGCGAACCCUUUUUAUACACUCAAGAAAUAUACAACAUCGUGGAGGAAACUGAUGAUAGCUACAGAGAAGAACAAUAUAGGUUGCCAUUCAGUCCUCUUCUUGUCGCUUUUGUAAAGCUGGUCAAAUCAGAAGAGCAAAUCAAGCAGAUUGUUUUACCAGUUCUUGGAAAAGUUUUUGUCUGUCUGCAAAAGCCUCAGUUACUAACACAACUUUUACGUAAACAGAUCGAUGAGGCUGCACAUGGAUGUUAUACUGAAUUCUUCUCAUUUUGUGAUGUGUGGUUAAAAGGGAUGGGAGUGUUAAAUACAGAUUGCUUGAAAUCCAAGAAGACGCUUUACACUUACCCUUCAAACAAGAAAGACGUUACGGAAAAUAUAACGGAAAAGAUGUUGUCUCUUAUUCUUUCGAAAGACUCGAAAGUUACAAGUAGUUCUUUGAAAGAUAUUUCUCUAUUAAUGAAAGAUUCGACUUCCUUUUUGUCAUCCAUAAAGAGCUCGUCAAUGAAAGCCUUUGUCAUGUUUUUGUGCAAUGCACUUUACAUUUUAUACAACAACAACAUUGUGAAUAAGUUGCAACCUCUACUGACUACCGUAACGGACCAAUUUAGUCACAUUUUGCAGUCUUGUCUUCUGUACUCAAAUGAGUCUACUUCGGAGAUUGUGGACAUUAUUUUGAAGUUGCCAUGGAUACAUGAACCCCACAGUGCUAGCACGCCAUUAUGGAAAUUAUUUGCCGAAAGCAUGCACGUGACGUGUUUAAAAAAUCUGAAAGAUGCUUCUCGUGCAGCUGUGUACCAGGACAUUCUUCAUUUAUACUUGAAUGGUGUUUGUAAAAACGAGGAAGUUGUACAUGACAGUUUGCUCUUUUUACAGAAGGUUGUCGGCUAUUUAGAUAAAGAAACGAACGAGCAUGUAGCUCAAACGCUUAUAUCGAACUUGUUAACUGAAAGCACCUCACGAAAUAACGUGUAUUUAGAUGCACUAUGUAAAGUGUUGGACAAGAUCAAUCAAACUUGUCCUGAUGAAGUAACUAUAGAUAUAGAAGACAACAUCUUGAAAGAAUUUUUAAUCCAAGCUAUCGGAAGUGAGGCCGAAACAAUGCUAAAGACUUUCACGAUUGUGUUACGUUUUUAUACGAAGAAGAUCGAUCUCAACGAAUCGCACUACACAAAACUGCUGCAACACAAGUGUACUAUAUCAAGUUCUGUGGCUUUGUUGUUGUGCAGGAGGAAUGGAAACUAUGUUGAUGUUUUUAUUGAUGCUGUGUUAAAUGGAGAAAUAUCAGCGUCAAAUGUGACUGUUUAUCUGUUACCCUUGGUCUUGUAUGCGUUAAAAACUCAUCGUACGCAUAAGAAGUUUGAAAUGUUUGGUGAAGCAUUAGUGAAUCAAUGCUGGGAUGAACUUGUAACAACGUUUCGAAAUAUUGAAAACAGUGGCGACUUGAAAUCUAUUUUGAAAUUAUUAUUGCCUUUUGCAACCCCGGAGAAGAUUCGUUUCACUCUGGAAGAUCUGUCAGACUGCUUGAUAUCAAUUUCUUUCCCAAAGAUCGCUAACAUGCUCCAGUUUUGCAGCAAAGCUGUUAUGACGUUAAACGUUGAAAAAAAUCAAAGUUUGCUUGCAUGUAAGAUGUUGGUUAGUCUAAUGUCUAUCUGUUUAACCCACGUUGAUGGUGACUUGCAUAAAUGUUGCGUUGACUACAUCAAAGUUUUCGUGAAAAUGUUACAUGGAGUUAAAUUGAAAAGCAAAACAUUGGAAGCCUUGGUCCCAAAAUGGAAUGAGUUUGUUAAGUUUGUUUUAAAGAAUAAAUUUAAGAAUGGAAACUCGAUGACAACAUUAUGUGUAUCAAUGGAAUGUUUAUACUCAAAAAAGAAGUUCGCAAAAUUAGAUUGUUUGAAGAUGGUAGACAUAUACGAAAUGGUGAUCAGUCAUUCUGAAUUCUUGGAAGUCUUCUUUUCUGAAACUGAAGGUGAAACGCCAGAAAAAGUCUCGCUUGUUCAACUUCUGGCGAGUAUUGUUAAAAUGUGUCCAGAUGUCUGUAACCAAUCAUUCGUGCCAGUGUUGAUGGUAGCAUACAAAGCAACGCUAUCACAGAGUGAUUUACAUAUUUUUUCAAUUUUACGCCAAUACGAAAACAAUGGUGUCCAACUUUCAAAGUACUACCCACUUACAUGGGGCAGGGACGCUUACAAGAUUUACAAACAACGAAACACGGCGAAUUACAAUCUCUUAAAAGAACAAGCUUGGAACGAACUACUAUCUAAUCUAGACGCGAAAAGGAUGAUUAAAUCAGCUAUCCAAUUCCCCAUCAAUUUAUCCAUGGAUGAUGAUGAGUGUGCAGAGCUUCAAGGCGAUUUAUAUGAUCCUCGUUUCUUCUUACCGCUGUUUGUAACGCUUUUACAACCAGGUUAUUCUAUUGAUUGUCGCCAGUUUGUUGCUACUGGUUGCUUGUCUCUCACAUUAUCAUGUCUCUCCUCACAUGAUGUGUUACUUCGCAAGAUAGCCUAUCAUGUUAUUUCAUUGUACAACGAGCAAGUGGAAGUUUCGAGAUUUCGAGAGAGAAACCAGAUUACCUACUUUUUAAUGAUACUGAAGAACUCAGUAUGUGAAGAAUAUAUGAGGUGGACAAGCAUAUGGUGUGCGUUUUUCACAAGAUAUUUGUAUUUUCUGCUACGACCAGAUCAACAUCUGUAUUCUAUUAUCAGCAACUGCAUUAUUCAUAAACCUGUUAUGAACGUCAAAGAAUUACCAGUAUUCCUUCCACUGUUUAACAGUAGUUCAUUGGAACAUACACUUGAACGAGGUUGGGUGUUGAGGUUGCUAGCUGAUGGUUUCAAAGACCAAACGGAUUACUAUUUAUACAAAAAAUAUCACGUUUUCGAACUCCUUAUGGCGUUUUAUGAUUCGAAUUUAAGCGACAAAAAUAAUAAGUGUGUUAUCUUGGAACUGCUGACGACAGCAUGUAGAAUUACGCAUGCGGCUUAUGAUCUGGUCAAAACACAUUCGAUAUUAACAUGGAUACAUAGAGGAUGCACCAGUGCACUUAGUGGAGAUAGAUUAAGUUUAAUUUCGUUGCUAUCAACGUUGUUCGAUACAUUUAACUGUGGUGAAUCCGAUAGGGACGUGGCGUCUAACGAGAAAAUGCUCAAUGAAAAUGCAAACAAGACGAUCAGUGAAAUAGAGAUGGAUAUUGAUAUUGUAAAAAAUAAAAUGGAUGCGGAAAUUACUGACGUGGAACCUCGUAUCAGAGACACUGUUUCUAUACCAAGGAUGUUUGCUCAUGAAGCCUUCAUCUUGGGAUGUCAUGUGUUGAGAAAGAAAAAUCUCAAAAGGAAAGAAAAAGUUGUAAUUUGUUCUACAUUGGCGAAAGCGAUUUCAACGCGGAGUUAUUUUGGUGAUUUGAGUACGUGGCUACAUAAUGGUGAUUUAGAAUUGAUACUUGCAACGUUACGAGAUUUGGUUCUCGAAGAAAACCACGACGAUGAUGAUAUAAACUGCAUCGAGAAUACGUUUAAAGCAUUUGUUCUAUUAAGUAAACCAACAAAACCAACACAUGAAAUAUUCUCACAGAUACAAUGGAAAAAAUUUGGUCGUGUCGCCCGAGAGAAAGGUUUCGUGAAAACACUAGACGCCCUUGAUGUGAUGCAGACGUAGCAGACAUAGCUUUUAGUUUUAUUUUGUCAAAUAGGAGAUCUCUGUUGGAAGAAAUAACCAAAUUAUAAUAUC